ACUGCUUCCUUUCGCGCCGGGUAACCGGAGAGCCGUGCGUCCAUGUGCGCAGUGACUGGGAAUUGAUAGACCUGAAAUAUUAAAAUCCGAGCCGUAAACAGAGUUUUCGUAAUGGAUCCUGACUCUUUGGUCGAGGCCCUUCGGGGGACGAUGGACCCCAAUCUGCGGGAGGCCGCAGAGAGACAGCUGAACGAGGGUCACACCCAGGUAAACUUUAUGUCCAUUCUACUGCGUGUUACCAUGACUGAGCAGCUGGAUUUGAAUGUCAGGCAAGCAGGCGUGAUUUACCUUAAGAACAAGAUAACCCAGUACUGGAAUGAUGGAGACGGUUCAGCCACAGAGACGCUUGUCAAUAACAUCCCGGAUGAGGACAGGCAGUUCAUUCGAGAUAACAUAGUGGAGGCCAUCAUUCACUCCCCCGAGCGCAUCAGGGUCCAGUUGACAACUUGUAUCCACCACAUGAUCAAGCACGACUACCCCGGCAAGUGGACGACCAUAGUGGACAAGAUUGGUUUCUACCUGCAGUCGGACAACAGUGGAGCGUGGCUGGGCAUCUUGCUCUGCCUCUACCAGCUUGUCAAAAACUAUGAAUAUAAGAAACCAGAAGAGCGUCAACCUCUGGUGGCUGCCAUGCACAUCUUCAUGCCCAUGAUGAAGGAACGCUUCAUCCAGCUGCUCCCUGACAACUCCAGUGACUCUGUCCUCAUACAGAAACAGAUCUUCAAAAUCCUCUAUGCCCUCUUCCAGUACAACCUGCCCCUGGAACUCAUCAACAGACAGAACCUGACAGAAUGGAUGGAGAUCCUGAAGAGAGUGGUGGAUCGAGAUGUUCCACCAGAGACGAUGCAGGUAGAUGAAGAUGAGCGGACUGAGCUGCCAUGGUGGAAGUGUAAGAAGUGGGCCCUUCACAUUUUGGCUCGGCUGUUUGAGAGGUAUGGAAGCCCAGGGAACACAACCAAAGAGUAUGCAGAGUUUGCUGAACUUUUCCUCAAGGAAUAUGCAGUUCCUGCUCAGCAGGUGCUGAUGAAAGUCUUGUACCAGUACAAGGAAAAGCAGUACGUGGCUCCCAGAGUACUCCAACAGACGCUCAACUACAUCAACCAGGGCAUUGCCCAUGCGCUGACAUGGAGAAACCUCAAACCACACAUCCAGGGCAUCAUUCAGGAUGUGGUUUUCCCCCUCAUGUGUUACACAGACAGUGAUGAGGAACUGUGGCAGGAGGAUCCAUACGAGUACAUCCGCAUGAAGUUUGAUGUAUUUGAGGACUUCAUCUCUCCAACAACAGCAGCGCAGACGCUCCUCUUCACUGCCUGCAACAAGAGGAAAGAGGUACUGCAAAAGACUAUGGGCUUCUGCUACCAGAUUCUCACUGAUCUGGCGUCUGACCCCAGGAAAAAGGAUGGUGCCCUCCACAUGAUUGGCUCUUUGGCUGAAAUCCUGCUAAAGAAAAAAAUUUAUAAGGACCAGAUGGAGUUCAUGCUGCAGAAUCACGUCUUCCCUCUGUUCCGCAAUGAACUGGGCUACAUGAGAGCCAGAGCCUGCUGGGUGCUGCAUUACUUCUGCGAGGUGAAGUUCAAAAGUGACCAGAACCUGCAGACGGCUCUUGAACUCACUCGCCUUUGUCUAAUCAAUGACAAUGAGAUGCCAGUUAAGGUGGAAGCUGCUAUUGCCCUGCAGGUUCUCAUCAGCAACCAGGAGAAAGCCAAAGAAUACAUCACCCCCUUCAUCCGGCCAGUGAUGCAGGCGCUCCUGCACAUUGUCAGGGAGACUGAGAACGAUGACCUUACUAAUGUCAUACAGAAGAUGAUCUGUGAAUACAGUGAAGAAGUCGCUCCAAUUGCAGUGGAGAUGACGCAGCACUUGGCAAUGACGUUCAACCAGGUGAUUCAGACGGGGCCUGAUGAGGAAGGAGGCGAUGACAAGGCUGUGACAGCUAUGGGCAUCCUCAACACCAUCGACACAUUGCUAAGUGUGGUGGAGGACCACAAAGAG